GGCUGCCACCCGUCCUACUUUUGGAGGAUUGUCCUCCAAUCGGCCCCUCAAUUCACUAUACGUUAGCUAUAAUGUCUGGCGGUAACCAUUGGGACCCCGUGAGGGACUACGUGGACAAGUACCGUCCCAAUGUGGUUGGCCAAGUUUACGAUGGUGUUGACCAGGCUGGUCAAUUGGUCCAGAGAGGCUUGAAACAAUUGGAUAGAGUGUCACCAGCGGUGGGAACGGCUGCUCGAGUAGGCGUAAAAUUUGUCGAAGAAAAGUUGCCAAGCUUACAGGAUAAUCGUCCACGUAAAAAUUAGCCAUGGUCAAUGUAAGAUGUAAGGCGUGAGAAAAUGUGUCCCGUCAAAUAAUCGGAAAAAUGAUAUUUGUUAUUCUAUUUUUUGAAAGUAACAAUGCUAAAUGUGGAUAUUUUUCGAACAAAAUUAAAUAAAUGAAAUUUAAAAAAUA